UCCGCCCUGAACGUUAUUGCACUUCUCUUACCGUGGCUUUUGUUGUUUCACACACAAGUCCGUUAAAUCCGAUUGAAUCCCUCGCGAAAGUUUUACGAUUCUUGCUAUCGAAUCGGUCGAUUCUAAAACGAUGCUUUGACGUCUUAAAAUUAACCAUAGCAUAUCUCGUCAAAAUCGUGUCUCGGAAUGACGUCAGGGGGGAGACGUCAAUCUACAGCGUUAAAAUAAAAAUUUAACCCUACACUACAGAUGUAUUACAAAUUUAUACGAACGUACAAUUGGAAAAACUUUCUUUUGAGACGCAGAGAACUUUGGGCAUUAAUGCUCAUAAUACACCGAUGAGAUAUGCGGCAUCAAGCUAGGCGAAACCCCCUGCGAGUCGCUCCGCUUGAUCCAUCUGUCGCUACAAGCUACGCUAUCUGCCCACAUUCGAGAGAUGUCUGCGGUAGAGGCAACGCCAUUCAUCCGCACCAUCGAGUGGGAGAUGAUGGACAAGACCAAAUUCUUUCCGCUCAGCAUGCUGUCCUCGUUCUCGGUCAGGUGUUGCCUGUACCCCCUCACAGUGAUCAAGACUCGUCUUCAAGUGCAGAGACAAAAUCACAUGUACAACGGCAUGAUAGAUGCGUGUAGAAAAAUUUACAAACUGGAAGGCGCCUCGGGGCUCUAUCGGGGCUUUUGGAUAAGCUCCAUUCAAAUAGUCUCUGGGGUGUUUUACGUGUCGACAUACGAGGGAGUACGCCACUUGCUCAGGCAAGACACACCUCUUGGCCGCGUCGACUCGAAGGUCAAAGCGCUGAUCGCUGGCGGCGCCGCAAGUUUAGUCGGGCAAACGAUCGUCGUCCCGUUCGACGUUCUCAGUCAACAUCUGAUGGUUCUCGGGAUAAAUAGCACCAAGCACGGCAGGGUGUACGUAGAUAAGAUGGGAAUGAAUCCUUUAGGUCUGACCCUCGAAUCCGGAAAGACUCGCGCGCAGAUCUCCGCGGAAAUAAUUAAGUUGAUUUACCAGAGGGAUGGCUACCGCGGCUUCUACCGGGGGUACCUGGCGUCAUUGUGCGCCUAUGUACCUAACAGCGCCCUUUGGUGGGGAUUGUACACGGUUUAUCAAGACGAGCUUAUAAAACUGCUGCCGGGAUGGUUCUCGCACCUGUGUAUACAGGCGAUGGCGGGCACGUUAGGGGGUUUCACGACCACGAUCAUCACGAAUCCCCUGGACAUCGUGAGGGCGCGAUUGCAAGUGCAACGAUUAGACAGUAUGCUCAGUGCGUUUAGGAUACUGUGGAUCGAGGAAGGGCUGCUCAUGUUUACCAAAGGACUCUCCGCGAGGCUCCUGCAAUCCGCUUGCUUUAGUUUCUCAAUCAUCCUAGGUUACGAAACUAUCAAGAGAGUGAGUAUAACCGAGGAGUACAAGAGUUACGUUCGGUGGUGAGCUUAGGAGCUAAUGUCACGAUUAAUUUCACGCAUGGAAAUUGGGUUCCAUCCGCGACUUUUUGUAUCGCGACGUGCCUCUCGAUGCGUGUCACUUUUUACGCAUCGAAGAGAAGGCGGUCGCAAUUUUUUUUUCUUUUCGACAAAGGAUCUUAUCGGAGGACGAAAACUAUUCUGUAAGAUAAGCUGCAUUCAUCUAAAUUAAUUCCCUUCGGCUAUGCAAGUGCUAUUAAGUUAUGUUAGACUUUUAGCGCGCUCACAGAACUAUCUUUCGUUACCCGAACAAAAAAAGUAUGAUUGCAUAAUUGUGUCACCCGUCAUCUGCCGUGCGUCAUUGCCCGUAAAGCCUGUAUCGGACUGCGCAUUGGAGAUUAGAAUUCAAUCAAAACGAAACGGAUUAAAAUUAUACUUGUACGAUUGGUCGAGUUCUAUCGGUCUAAUCCUCAGCUCGCAAUUCUCUCAGUCUUCGAUGCGCGGUCUAACGUGGGCUUAACUCGCGCGCCGCAAUUUGAUACGUCAUGCAAAUCUCGUAGAGAGACUUUACAUACUUCGGUGUACAUAAAACAAUAGUUCCGAGUGACGGCAACUAGACGAGUAUUUGUAAAUGUACUAAAGCGCAUUUUAUACGCUAGCGUAUCGUGUGUCAGAUGGAGUACAAACUUCGUAACAUAUUUUAGAUAUGUUACUGUGAUACAAAUACGUCCUGCUCGUACUCUGAAGACGGCCCGUGUCUUAGAUACGCGCCCGUUCAUACCGUUAACAAUAAAAUCCUAGUCAGACAUGGGCAUGUAACGCGUGUACGUAUAUCGGCCGUCUUGAAAAUACGGACAGAACGUAAUACCUAAGAAUCAAGCGGAUUAUACUGAGGCUCUAUUCUGUACUCGGCUACCGACAGCUUUUCUAUCAUGUAGGAAAGCUGCGCAAAUGUCGUUAACGACAUCGGUAGUAGCCGAGCACAGAAUAGAGCCCUUGACUCACUAAGCUAUCGGUAGAGGAUAUGCCGCAAAGAUUUUAAGAAAUAUGACUGUUCAAUAUUUCCACCUGCAUCGUGUAUGUAUAUACAGCAAAAUCGAGAGAAUCCCCGAGAACUACGUAUGUUACAAUAAAUUUUAUUGGCCACAUUAAA